CAACAGACACCGCCUCGGUCACAUGUAGCUGUCUCCCCGAAGGAGAGGAGACGGUCGCCGAUAUAUGCUUCAACUUUUCAGUUCUGAUUUCCCGCCCUAAUCUGCCUACCCCUUUGGACGUCUUCCGUCCUGCUUCCAGCACGUAGAGCCAGUCCUUCUCCUGUCGUGCCUCUCUCUACCUCGCCUCUCCUCGACGACUGCUCCUCUUUCUGUGCUUCUCGUUCGCAGUAGCAAUGAUCGAAGAGAAGGCUCCCCCUACCUACCCCGCCUAUCCCUCUCAGCCCCAGGCCGGGUACCACCCUCAGGGACAUUCUGCACCGAUACCAAGCAACCCGUCGCAGCAAUUCAUGGCCCCUCCGCCACAAGGUCCCCCUCACCAGCAGUCCUUCCAGUCGGGGUAUAACUCGGCUCAGGGCGUAGGUCCCAUCGGCCCCCAGUCAGGUUACCCUCCUGUCUCUACUAUUGGUCUCAACCCUGGCGCACAAUACCAGCAGCAACUGUUUGCGAUGUGCGCUCAGGGCAACCACGACGUGACAACCAAAUACGGCAUAGGAGGUAUCAUCGUUUCUGUCGUAUGUUUCCCUUGCGGUCUCUUCGCGCUUUUAUGCGAUCAGGAGAAGCGUUGUGUACGCUGCGGGGUUCGUGUGACAUAGUCGUGGGAACAGGUCCUGGACUUCUACAUCAAUUCGGCCACUGACAGUGUCUGCGUCACAUCUAUAGCAUGAUUCCCUCUUGCGGCUUAUAACAUAUUAUCCUACACACCGUCUCAUCUCGCUUUUAUACCUUAUGAUAUACGCUUGGUCUUAUUCCCCUUACGGACGUCAUCGGGAUCAGGACAGUUUCGACAGC